CUCUUCCUUCCUCCUUCCCCACGGUUUCAGCUUCCUUGCCCUAACCCUAGAUUGAAUUCUCUGUCACAGUCAUCAAUGGAAGACCCAGGCCCAAACGAAGAUGACCACGACCAUUUCUUUGACGCUUUCGAUGAAUUCCUCUUCUACGAUUCCUCAGACGCCUUCGAACCUGAACCAUCCGUUUCACAGUCAACGAUCUCUCAGCUGGAAUCCAACAUUUCUCAAACUACCCCCUCUCUCCGGCGCAGAUCUUCGGCUCUCCUCGGCCGCAGAAUGUCCUGGACCAAUUCCAAGGCUACCUUGUCGACUUCCGAAAUCACCCAGAUUCAGGAUGGGAAGACGACGAUUUCUCGGGAGAGAAAGUACAAUCUUCACCGUAAUUUUGAGGAAAAUGAAAAAGAUUGCGAGAAGACCGAGUCAAGUCGGGUUCGAGCAAGCCCAGUGCAGAAUACUGAGGAUAGCCAUGCCGCGAGUAGUACUGGGAAGAAUGUACAAGUCGAUGACUCGAGUUCGUCGAAUCCGCUUGUGUUUUUGGCUGAAUUGGUGAUUAAGGCAAUUGGGUUUCAGAUAAAUUUGUUUAUCAGCGUGUUCACAUUUCCUGCAUGGUUACUGUAUAAGUUUUGUGUGUUCGCUAUUGAUCCUUUUCAAGGAAUGAGGCAUGGCAGAGAUUAUUUGAUGGGGAAGGUGUUAAGAUUAUGGAAUGUUGCUUACGGGAGUGUGAAUCCAUUCAUUUCUGAAUGGUUGAAGGAACAUAAAUCAAUGUGGAAGUUGUUGAGCAGAUUCGGAUGGAGUUUGUUGUUGUCAGUUUAUGUUGCUUCCAUUUUGUGUGGGCUUUUGGUUGCAGCAUUUGUAGCUAGUGGUUUUGUGAUGAGAUAUUUGGUUGAGAAGCCAAUUCGGAUGGAAGAGGCCUUGAAUUUUGAUUACACCAAAAAUAGUCCGGUUGCAUUUGUGCCAAUUAAGUCCUGUCCUAGCUCUGCCUGUGUGAAUUGUUAUGAAAAGAUUGAAGUUGGGAAAAAAAGGGGUUUGCAUGUUAUUCCGCCUAAUCACAAAUUGCAGGUUACCGUUAUGUUGACAUUGCCUGAGUCAGAGUACAAUAGAAAUCUUGGAAUUUUCCAGGUCAGGGUAGACUUUUUGAGUGCUGAAUACAGACGCCUUGCCAGUGCAAGUCGGACAUGCAUGUUGCAGUUCAAAAGCAUGCCUAUCCGGCUUCUGUUGACUUUCUUUAAGAUGGCCCCUCUUGUUGCUGGCUAUUUAUCAGAAUCCCAAACUUUGAAUGUACAUUUUAGCGGUUUGACUGAAGAAGAUGAGCCUACUGCCUGCUUAAAGGUGACAAUUGAGCAAAGAGCAGAAUACCGACCUGGUGCUGGCAUCCCUGAAAUUUAUGCUUCAUCUCUAAUCCUUGAGUCAGAACUUCCUCUGGUUAAAAGGAUUUUAUGGUAUUGGAAGAAAACAGUGUUUAUAUGGAUCAGCAUGACAGUGUUCCUGAUGGAAUUGAUGUUUACAUUGAUCUGCUGUAGACCUGUUAUUUUGCCAAGAGUGAAGCCAAGGGACGGCUCUGCUAGUGGUUCUGCUACUCAAGACAAUGUGCUAAUUCAAAGCUAGCUGAGAUCCUAUCUUCUACAGAUUUCGUGAUGAUGGAAUUAAGGAAGAAUCUCAGAGCUUUACUCAACAAUUUCUAACACUUUCAGUCGUAUUCUGUGUGGCACCCCAUCUGCCAACAAAGAGGUAUGGCUUACUAACUUCAAUUUUUUGUCAAUUUUUUUGAGUUCUUUGGCUGCUAUGUAAAUUUAGUCAAUGUUAUAUUAUUGGGAAAAGAACAUAUCAUUUGUAUACAUGUUCAUAUAACCGUUCGAUUUUCAAUUUACAUGCAAUUGAAUCAAUUUUAGUUUGUAA